AAGCAUCCAUCAAACAAGCGCAAGUCCACAGCACACAGCAAACACAUCUCAAUUCUCACCCAUCCUUCGAAGCAAGACAAGAGAGACCGAGCGAGCAAUGGCUCCCAUGCUCAAGCGGAUCGCCGAGGACGAGCCGAAGAAGGCAGCGUACGUGACCUUCCUCGCCGGCUCCGGCGACUACUGGAAGGGCGUGGUGGGCCUGGCCAAGGGCCUCCGCGCCGUCAAGUCGGCCUACCCGCUCGUGGUGGCCGUGCUCCCUGACGUCCCCGAGGACCACCGCCAGAAGCUGCUCGCCCAGGGCUGCGUCGUCCGCGAGAUCGUGCCCGUGUACCCGCCGGAGAGCCAGACCCAGUUCGCCAUGGCCUACUACGUCAUCAACUACUCCAAGCUCCGCAUCUGGGAGUUCGUGGAGUACGAGCGGAUGGUGUACCUGGACGCGGACAUCCAGUUGUACGACAACAUAGACCACCUCUUUGACCUGGAGAUGGGCAGCUUCUAUGCCGUCAUGGACUGCUUCUGCGAGAAGACGUGGAGCCACACCCCGCAGUACGAGAUCGGCUACUGCCAGCAGUGCCCGGACCGGGUGGUCUGGCCGGAGCGCGACCUCGGCGUGCCCCCGCCGCCGCUCUACUUCAACGCCGGCAUGUUCAUGCACGAGCCCAGCAUGGCCACCGCCAAGGCCCUGCUCGACAAGCUUGUCGUCACCGACCCCACCCCCUUCGCCGAGCAGGACUUUCUUAACAUGUUCUUCAGGGACGUGUACAAGCCCAUCCCGCCGGUGUACAACCUCGUGCUCGCCAUGCUCUGGAGGCACCCCGAGAACAUCCAGCUCCACAAGGUCAAGGUCGUCCACUACUGCGCCGCGGGUUCCAAGCCGUGGAGGUACACCGGCGAGGAGGCCAACAUGGACAGGGACGACAUCAAGAUGCUGGUCAAGAAGUGGUGGGCCAUCUACGACGACGAGAGCCUCAACUACAAGCCUGCCGCCGACGAGGCCGCCGACCCGCUGCGUGCUGCCCUCGCCGAGGUCGUCGCCGUCAAGUCCUUCCCGGCGCCAUCAGCUGCGUAGUCGUCGCCUCCCAGUUAGGCGUAUGUUCUAAUAAAUACGUAGGAAUCCACAAUCAGAGAUUUCCUCAGUACGUAAUACUCGUCGUCGAUUUAGUAUCUGCACGUUUUGGUAUUGUAGAUCAAUCGAUCAUAUACAGUGUUCCUUUUUUGAUUGAGGUGCGGUCAUGGUGUUUUUCUUUUUUGUAUAAGGAAGGAUUUUGUAAAUACGUAUAUGCACACGGUUGGUGUAACUAUAUAGAUCGACCUGCUAUACGUACGUAUGCAUGGCUGAUACCUUUUUGGAAUGGAACUAUGUAAGCUAGUAAGAUAUUUCCCCCCACUA